AUGACGAACUUCUUCUCGCAUGAGGCCGAGAUGGUCCUCCUGGCACAAAAUGACGGAAUGGGCCACCUCUUCCCUUCAAGCUCAUGUCAAUCGCCGCCUAGCAUCAUGUACUCGCCACCUCUGCACCAGAUGACGCAUCGACCACCAACAACGCAGCCUGCCAACGGACACAUUUACCCCUCAGGGCACGAGUAUGCGCAGCCUGUAGUUAGCUCACCGUACCCACCACAGAGCUACUGGACAUCACAACCCCUCCCGAUCCCGCAAACGCAUGUAACCUACUCAUCCUACCCGCCGCUCACUGCAAUGAACACGGCCCAGACACUUGCCCCCGACUCGAGAUACAUGCCACAAUCCAUGGCCGCCGUUCGUCCUUCUAGAUCACUCUCCGCUUCAUCCAGCCUGGGUGUUCCCUCAACUCAUGGGGGAGAAAGAUCACCACCUUCACUCUCUCGUUCGCUAUCACCAAGCUCCCCAGAUCUGAGGGCAUACGGCUUUCCUAACAAGAAUGGCACUUGGAGCUGCGCAUAUCCUGGAUGCACGUCAAGAGCAGUCUUCACCAGGGGCUGCGAUCUCAGGAAACACCACAAGAGGCACACCAAGUCAUUUUUUUGCCGUCAUGAAGGGUGUCCUCAAGCUACCGGUGGCGGCUUCUCCAGCAAAAAGGAUCUCGCGCGACAUGAAGCAAAACACAACCCGGGCGUUCUGUGCGAUUGGGAUGGCUGCGAUCGCGUAUUCAGCCGAGUCGACAACAUGCGAGACCACGUCAAGCGCAUACACCUCAAGGCAUCAAGACACGGCUCAGGUCCUAAAUCGAUGGUGGCAUGA